AUAGCGGAGGGCUAAAGGCAGGAUCACACAGAAUAUCGACAAAACAAGGAGCGAAAAUCAAACGGUCUGAACUGAAGCGGAAAGCUUUCUGAUCUUUACAGAGUCCUUCUAAUAGAUUAGCCAACAUGGGUUGGCAGCAUAUUGUUCCUGGAAUAACCCUCUUGUUGGUCAAGCUUACAGGGACAUCGCUGUUCCUUAUUUUCAUUCCACAGAUCUUCCCUAGGGGAAACUUCAGCUUCAUUCCUGAGGAGAAUUAUACAGAACUGCUGUCUACUCCGAACCUGCCUGAAGCAAGAGCUACAAUUGCAACCACAGUCCAGAUUCCUCAGAAGCCUCCUACAUGGGAAAGACACAGAGGGAGUGAAUUUUGGUUUACGGAAACCAAGGAGGUUUGGUUGCACUGCCGAGUCGAUUGCAUGCAAUGGAGCUCCGACCUAGCGAUCAUCAGUGAUAGAAAUGAACUGGAGUUUAUUCAGAAUAAAACUGCAAUGGGUUCCUAUUUCAUUGGACUGACGUAUACAGUGGCUCAAAACAAAUGGCUAUGGAUCGACGGCACAGAACUCAAGAAUAACCUCUUUGCAAUGAGACCCAAAGCGGCGGACGAUGAAUGUGCAACUCUUGCAGCAGGAGAACUGAAACCAGUGUCAUGUCACCAAGAACACCACUGUAUCUGUGAGAAGAAUCCUAAGUAGUUCAUCUGAAACAGCACCAUGCAGUGACGUAACAAGGAAGAAGACAGAACCAUGGACUUUUAUUCUGGGACAUUCUCAGCUCUAUCUGGGGGAGCCUUCUCCAUGCAGAGAAGAUGCUCUAACCCUUCCCUCAGGUUGGACUUCAAAGCAAUGAAUGGAAAUGUUAUGUACUGAAGUUCUCACCCUGGGCCAGCCGGGGGAUACUGUAGAUAGUUAUGCAAAUAAGGGAUCGAAAGUGA